AGGAGCUGCGCAGCAAGAUCAUCCUGUGCGACCUGGCGGGCUCCGAGCGGCUGAAGAAGUCCAAGGCAACGGGAGAUCGCGAGAAGGAGGCCAUCGAGAUUAACAAGUCCUUGUCAGCUCUCGGAGGAGUGAUCGACAGAUUGACGUCUUCUUCUGGCAUGACCCACGUUCCGUACAGAGACCACCAGCUGACGCAGGUGCUGCAGGACUCCCUGGGCGGCACGGCGAAGACGCUGAUGUUCUUGAACUGCUCCCCUGCGGAGAGCAACUGGGACGAGACGCUCAACACGCUGAGGUACGGCACGCGCGCCAAGAAGGUGACGAACAACACGCAGAAGGGGGCCGCGAGGGCCGGGGAGGAGCCCAAGUCGCCGAAGAAGGCCACGGGGAUCCAGGACCUGAAGGAGUCCAAGGUGCUCCCUGCCAGCGAAGAGGCCACGCCGGGCCGCCUGGUGGCGCUCGAGAGGCCGAAGGCGGAGGCCCAGCCCGUGACGCGCCUGGCCCUCGACCACGCCACAACGGCCCCCGCGGCGCAGCUGGCCAAGGACGCGGCCACGCCCGUGGCGGCCCAGAGCCGGGCCGCCCCGGGGGCGCAGGCCGCCCAGACGCCGAUGGCACGGCUCGCCGCGCUGGAGGAGGCGCUCCUGGGCUCCGCGAGGCAGGGCGCGCUGCUGCCGCGCAUUGCCGCGCUGGAGGACUGGCUGCCAGGGCCGG